AUUUUUAAUGCCUAGUGUGUUAUCCAAGAUUCCUUUGCCUCAAUCAUUUUAGAAUAAGGCGCUUUCAGGAGCAUUAUUGGUUUUAAUAUUAAUGAUUGUAAAAUCGAAAAAAGAAGCAUCUUCUCCUAGAAAGAUACCGAGGAAAUAUGGUCAAGGAAAUGUUGAUAAAGUAUUUAUAAACAGAAUCAUGGAUCUAUUGAAAAUUGUUAUUCCUUCAAUUAAAAGCAUGGAGAUAUUUGAUUUAAGUGUAUUAACAGUGUUUUUAGUAAUCCGUACGAUGAUGAGUAUCUAUAUAUCAUCUUUGAAUGGUAGAAUAGUUAAAACAAUUAUUAAUGGUGAUUUUUAAAAGUUUAUAUAGAAGGUAUGAUAUUUCAAUAUGUAGAUCGUCUAAUUGGGUUUGGUUGCUGUACCUGCAAGUUUUGUUAAUAGUUAUUUAGAAUAUCUAAAUAAAUCACUUUCUUUAAGAUUUAGAAGGAGAUUAACUGAAUACUUUCAUGAUUAGUACAUCAAAAAUAUGAUCUUUUAUUAAGUUUCUAAUUUAGAUAGUCGGGUUUCUAAUCCAGACUAAAGAUUAACUACAGAUAUAGAGAAAUGGGCCAAUUCAUUGUCUCAAAUUUACUCAAAUUUUUCUAAACCAAUUUUAGAUAUAAUUUUAUUCUCAAAAAAAUUAGCUGUUUCUAUUGGGUAUUAAGGACCAAUGUAUGUAUUUUUAUGGUAUUUUUUUUCAGGAGUACUAUUAAAAUUAGUAUCUCCAGCAUUUGGUAAAUUAACUGCAAUCGAUUAAAAAUUAGAAGGUGAAUAUCGAAAUGUUCAUAGUCAACUUUUGUAUCAUGCAGAAGAAGUAGCAUUUUUAUAAGGUUAAAAUUGGGAAAAACUAAAGAUAAAUUAAUCAUAUUCAUAACUUAAUAAGCAUUAAAUAUUAGUGAAUAAAUUAAGAUUGUUUAUGGGUAUAUUUGAUGGACUUCUUGUUAAAUAUGGAGCAGUAAUGGCAGGAUAUGGAAUUAUGGGUUUACCAGUUUUUGGUCCUAAUAGAGAAGAAUAUUUGAAAAAAAUUGGAAAUGAUAAAAGUGCCAUUACAAGAGAUUAUGUCAGCAAUAGCUCCUUAUUAAUUAAUUUGGCUAAAGCAAUUGGUAGAUUAGUUGUCAGCUAUAAAGAAAUAUAAUAAUUAGCUGGAUAUACAAGAGUUGUUUAUGAAAUUAAGGAAGUUUUAUCAGAUUUAACAAAUGGGUAUUAUAGAAGAACUUAAGUAUAAGGAGAGAAGGAAACUGGAUAAUUAUAAGUUGAUCAAUAAAAACAUUAAACAAUUUAAUUAGAUAAAGGCUAAGUAAGUAAAAUUAUUAAAGUUAGAUAAUUUAAACUGAAGAUAUUAUAGAAUUUGAUAAUGUUCCUAUUAUUUCCCCAAAUGGAGACACUCUAAUAAAAGGAAUGUCUUUUAAAAUUACUCCUGGAAUGAAUGUUAUAAUAAGUGGACCUAAUGGAUGUGGUAAAUCUUCUCUUUUUAGAAUUUUGGGAGCUUUAUGGCCAGUUUAAGGAGGUACAUUAUAUAGACCUGUAAUUGAUAAAUUAUUUUACAUUCCUUAAAGACCAUAUUUGCCUCCUGGAACUUUGAGGGAUUAAAUCAUAUACCCACAUACUAAAUUAUAAAUGUUGAGGAGAAAGAUUAAUGAUUAAGAUCUUAAUAAACUAUUAGAAGAUGUUUAAUUAGAUUACUUAAUCUUAAGAGAAAGAGGUUUGGAUGCAAAUAAUGACUGGAACGAUAUUCUAAGUGGAGGAGAAAAACAACGUAUUGCUAUGGCUAGAUUAUUCUAUCAUAAACCUCAAUAUGCUAUUUUAGGUAUUUAAAAUAAAUAAUCCUAUAGAUGAGUGCACUUCAUCUGUUAGUAUGGAUAUUGAAGCCAUUAUGUAUAAUAAAGCAAAAGCUCUGAAUAUUACUUUGUUUACAGUUUCACAUAGAUAAUCAUUGUUUAAAUUUCAUGAGUACAUUCUAAAAUUUGAUGGAGAAGGUAAAUACUGGUUCAAUAAAUAAAAUAUUUGAGAAAAAAUAUAAACAUAAU